UCUGCUUUCUUGUUCCUCAGCCCUUAACCUGCCCAUACCGAGCCGCAGCUCCAGAGGCGCAGCAGUAAUAGCGGCAGUGGCGGCGGCAAGAGCCGCACUACCCUUCGCGCGCAGUGCGUGUGUGUGUGUGCGCCCGAGAGAGAAAGAAGAGGCAGAGCGAGGAAGCGAGAGUAUAUAAGAGAGAGAGAGAGAGAGAGAUUCCUCCCCCUCUUUCAUUUCCCUCAAUUAAUCAGGAGCACUGAAUGGAAGCCGAGCAGACAGAGAGCCCUUUCGGCUUCGCUGCAGCCCAAGCCAGAGUUUGAAAGUGAUGCUGGACGAGAAAGAGCCAGAGCCCCAGUUCCAUGCAAGUAGCUUCAGCGGCAGUGGAGGAGGAAGGCAGGCAGGCAGAGAAGCGGCACCGUUGCUACCAGCGCUGGCCCCCUGUUUAUUCCUGACUCUUUGAGGCUGAGCCGCUUGACUCAUCCUUUUUCCUUCUCUUCUUACCGAAGCAUUUGGCUGUUGUUGGAAACAGGAUGCCAGAACAGAUGAAUGCCUGAGCCCUCUUCAGAUGUUCGAACAAGUAGUUCUGAUCUACAGAGACCUAGGCAAAGAAUAUUAAGGAAGGAAAGAGGAAUGAGAUUGGCUUCAGUGCAGAAAACUAGUUUGCAUUAAUGUGAAGAAAGAAAUCACCACUUCAUCCUUGUUUUGUACUGCCAUGAUGAGAACUUAUCAUUGCUUCUGGCUCCUCUUUUGGGUUGGACAUCCCCACCAAAGUUCUCCCACUCCAUUAUCCAAAAGGACUAGUGGCUUUCCAGAAAACCCAAAGGUUUUGGAUCUAUCUAGAAACAACAGAAAAGAGUUUAAUCGUUCCAAAAGAAGUUGGAUGUGGAAUCAGUUCUUUCUCUUAGAGGAGUACACAGGUUCUGACUAUCAAUAUGUUGGCAAGCUUCAUUCCGACCAGGAUAAAGGAGAUGGCUCCCUUAAAUACAUCCUUUCAGGAGAUGGAGCAGGAGAUCUCUUCAUUAUCAAUGAAAACACUGGUGAUAUACAGGCCACAAGAAGACUGGACAGAGAAGAAAAGCCUGUUUACAUUCUUCGUGCUCAGGCUGUUAACAAAAAGACUGGAAGACCGGUGGAGCCAGAGUCAGAGUUCAUCAUUAAGAUCCAUGACAUCAAUGACAACGAGCCACUGUUUACAAAGGACAUUUACAAUGCCAGCGUCCCAGAAAUGUCUGAUGUAGGUACAUUUGUCGUGCAAGUCACAGCAACUGAUGCCGAUGAUCCUACGUAUGGGAACAGUGCUAGAGUUGUCUACAGCAUUCUUCAGGGGCAGCCAUAUUUUUCUGUCGAGUCUGAGACAGGCAUAAUAAAAACUGCCCUGCUGAACAUGGAUCGGGAAAAUAAAGAACAGUACCAAGUGGUCAUCCAAGCCAAGGAUAUGGGAGGACAGAUGGGUGGAUUAUCAGGAACCACCACAGUGAACAUCACACUGACUGAUGUCAAUGACAACCCACCACGCUUCUCCCAGAGUGCUUACCAGUUCAAAAUACCAGAGUCCAUGCCACCUGAUUCACCAGUUGGCAGGAUAAAAGCCAGUGAUGCUGACGUGGGCCAAAAUGCAGAGAUGGAAUACAGCAUCAUUGAAGGGGAUGGUGCAGAAAUGUUUGGCGUCGUCACUGACAAGGAGACCCAAGAAGGCAUUGUAACAGUCAAAAAGGCUUUGGAUUUUGAAAAGAAAAGACAGUUUACUCUGAAAGUGGAGGCUGCCAAUCCUCAUGUGGAUCCCAGAUUCCUCUACCUGGGGCCUUUCAAAGAUGUUGCUACUGUCAGAAUCCUGGUGGAAGAUGUAGAUGAGCCCCCAGUGUUCAGCAGGCCAGCAUAUGUACUGGAAGUGAAGGAAGAUGUCCAGAUAAACACUGUCAUAGGAACUGUGACUGCCCGCGAUCCCGACAUUGCCAAGAAUCCUAUAAAGUAUUCUGUAGAUCGGCAUACAGAUAUGGACAGAAUAUUCAACAUUGAUUCUGGAAAUGGUUCAAUAUUUACUUCCAAACCUCUUGACCGGGAAACAUUAUUGUGGCACAACAUUACAGUAAUAGCUGCUGAGAUCAAUAAUCCAAAGGAAAGCAGCCGCGUCCUAGUAUUUAUUAAAGUCCUAGAUGUGAAUGACAACGCCCCCGAGUUUGCCAUGUUUUAUGAGACUUUCGUCUGUGAAAAUGCAAAGGCUGAGCAGCUCAUACAGACCCUAAGUGCUGUUGACAAAGAUGACUCUUUCGGAGGACACAAAUUUUCAUUCUCAUUGGCUCCUGAAGUAGCCAGUAGCUCCAAUUUCACCCUUCAGGACAACAGAGAUAAUACAGCUGGGAUCUUCACCAAGAAAACCAGAUAUAGCCGACAUGAAAUGAAUAUGUACCUCCUGCCUGUGGUAAUAUCGGACAACGACUACCCAAUUCAGAGUAGCACAGAAACUGUGACGAUUCGAGUGUGUGCCUGUGACCAGCGAGGCAAAAUGCUGUCCUGCAAUGCUGAAGCACUGAUCCACCCUACUGGCCUUAGCACAGGCGCUCUGAUUGCAAUUCUCCUCUGCAUCAUUAUAUUGCUAGUUACCGUGGUGCUGUUUGCAGCUCUGAGACGGCAACGGAAGAAAGAGCCUUUGAUCAUUUCCAAAGAGGACAUCCGCGACAACAUUGUCAGUUACAAUGAUGAAGGUGGCGGAGAGGAAGACACCCAGGCAUUUGAUAUUGGCACACUGAGAAACCCUGAAGCCAUAGAAGACAAUAAAUUGCGCCGAGACAUUGUGCCAGAAGCGCUUUUUAUGCCACGCCGGACUCCAGUGGUACGAGAUAACACUGAUGUCAGAGAUUUCAUUAGCCAAAGGUUAAAGGAGAAUGAUACGGAUCCAACAGCACCCCCUUAUGACUCAUUAGCAACCUAUGCUUAUGAAGGCAAUGGCUCUGUGGCAGAGUCCCUCAGCUCCUUGGAGUCGGUGACUACGGAUGGAGACCAGGACUACGAUUACCUCAGUGAUUGGGGACCUCGGUUUAAAAAGCUGGCCGAUAUGUAUGGUGGAGUGGACAGUGAUAAAGACUCUUAAUAUGUUGCCUUUUUCAUUUCCAAGAAACAGCAUUUGAAAUGUGUGAUGUUGCUCUUUCUUUCUAUUUAUCCACAAUUCUUUGAAAGGGUUCUCUAUUCUACCAGUUCAAAUUGUUUUUGUGACUGCAGUCUUUGUGGAUCCAAUGUCAUUCCCCCCCCCCCCCCCCCGCUGUCCCAAAUAUAAUUUUGAGCUUCCACGAGGCAACUAAUGGGAAAACAUCUCUCUCUCUUUUUUUUAGUGCAUCCUGUUUACUUAGGCAGGCAAACAGGCACAAUGGCAAUGGAACAGAAGGACAACGGCAACAAAAUAAUAGUUUUAACUGGUUCUGCUUAUCUUGUAAAUUGGAUUAUCUCACUGUUACAGUUCACCAAAUAAUCUUACUGUAUUUUAAUUAUUCAGCUCAGACAUAUUUUCUGUAGAUUAUGUAUUGGAAGUCCCCAUUGUUAGGAUGCACUGUGGUGUAGCUUAACUAUUAUAUUAAUAUUAAAAGGGAUGGGGUAUAGCUCAUUCUAAGCCAUAAUCUGCCAAUAAGAAACAUACAGAUAUUUAAGACUUUAUAUGAUCCUAGUGGCCAUUCAAGCUCUAGUGCUAAUCUUGAAUUAGCCACUUCACUUAAAAGAAUUAAUCCAUACUAGUAGUGGACAAUCAAGUGAUGAAAGGAGAAAGAAGUGUGGAAGGGGAGAGGUCUCAGUGGGUUCACCAUGUGUGACCGUAGCAAUGUACCACAAAGAAUACAACAUUUAGCAUAAUUCUGUUCCUGGAAAGCACAGGCAAUCUGGAAAGAGUGUGUUCAGAAAUAAAACAAGGAAGAGGGUAAGGCAGAAGAUGUGUGAUAUAUAUAUAGAGAGAGAGAUCUCACUAAACUGUGUACACAUUCUGAGAUCUGUUGGUAUGUUAAUGUCUCUCUCUAGCAUACCAGCAAACCAAAAGUGAUAUGUCAGUCUUGCCCUUCAGUGAUUGCUUACAUGCCUGGCUGCUGCUGCUGCUGCCACCUCCUCCUUCUGAAAAACAAAUACUUCACUGCCUGACAUGGCAGCAGAACACUUGGUUUCCCAGCGAGAAGAAGAGCUGGCAGUCGCAACCAGACAAGCAACCAGGGAGGGGCAAAACUCACAUAUCAGCACUUGAUUCAUCGGCAUGAUAGAGAUGGUGGCCAACAUCCUGACUGCGUGCCCACACACGAGGAAGAAGCGCCCCCACUGCAGAGAACUUCCUGAGCUCCAGCACUUACUGUGCAAGGUGGUGGGAUUUCCAUCUGUCUCUCCUUCCCCCAGCAGGAUCCGAGGACAUAUUUUCAGGUGUUGCAGAGGGAGGGAGAAGAUCAGCAAGAAUCAACCCACCCCCUCCUGGUCUAAUAAGCCCUGUAGAGCUCAGGGACACUAAUUCCCAACAUGCGGGUGUAUGGUUAGUCAGGAUGUCAGCCACUGAGGCCUCUUUAUAUAGAGGUCAUAGAAUAAAGCAUGGAGUGAGAAAGCAGAUACGAUGACCAUUGGCAAUUUUGCAUUCUCUGUCAACUGAUACAUAUGGUUUAUUCUUUUAAUGUACCUAUAUAGUAUUUGUGGAGCAAGGCAAGUGAUCUAGAAAGCUGAAUUUGUAGGUCUUGUUUUCCAAGUGGCUUACUUUCGUCACAAUCCCCGCCUCACAGUUAUCAGUGAGAGUCCAACCAUUCAUUUCAGCGUAGACCUGUGCUGGUGCAUCUGAGGGGCUGAAUUUAUUACUCACCCACCACUGAGCAGAGAGGUUCAGCCUUGCUUACUAGUACAUUGGGAGGUGGGGAGGAGUCCACAUUGACAACUGGAUGCCUCAAAGUGGGUUGUUUAUAGAGGUGAUAUUCAGAACUGUGCCAAUGUUACGGGAGGUAAUAACAUUCUUCUGAGAUGAACCAUGGAGCAAGGGAACAAGGCCAGCUUGGUUUGCUCAGAGCUAGGAUCAAGUAUUGAUUAUAUAAUUGGUUCAGACUAAUACAUUGGAAAGGUUGGACUAAGAUGAUUAGGGAUAAUUUGAACCUAUAUGAAAUACUUGUGCAGCCUCUCUCUAACAGUAUGUCCCUUUCAUCCACCUGGUGUGAACACCCAACAAAACCAAAAGUUCCAGAGUCAACUGGGGGUCCUAUCAGACCUCCUCACAAGCUUUAUUUUAUUUUAUUUUAUUUUUAACAAAUUAGUAAAUCUUUUGUCUUUAAAGAAGAUGCAGUCUUUAUAGUUUUUUGUAUAUGAUUUUAUGACUUACAUUUUUUUGUUUAUAUAGUUUUAGGAUACUUUGAGAACAAGAAGUAAGGAGGAGGCACAGAGUAUUUCAGGUCCAAGUAAAAGUUAAUCUGCCCUUUUUCUAGCCCUGUCAAUCCUGGUUAAAGUCUUUUGUGGUCGUGAUACCCGGCAGGGCAAUCAUCAAUACAACUGUCACAUCUGUUAUUAAAGAGCUCCAAUAUGGCCAGAUCUGGUACUAGAAAAGCUCCUGGGAACUUUACAAAGGACAUCAGAGAGCUAGGGGGCAGAUCCCUCUAUUAUGCAGUACUGACAGUACCAAGCCAUUAUCACAGACGAAAAUGCCUCUAAGAAUUUAAAUGCACGAAACUAUGUAUCACCCAUUUUGAUUGCUAGAGCCAGUAUGUUUAGCUCCUAUGGUUAUAGCUCCAUUGUCCUAUGGUUAUUAUGUUGACCAGGAUGAAAAGACUGCAUUUAGAACAUCUAUUUCCCCCCCUAAUAUACCUUUGCCAAAGGAAAAGGUCUGAAACCCUCUUUCAGCAGAGACAACAGUAAGAUGAAAUAAAUGACUGAAUGUCAUGAGAGGAAAAACCUCUCUGAAACUGCUUUUAGUUUUCCUAAAAUCCACUGUCAGUCUCCAGCCUUUAAAGGCCAAACUGCAUGUUAUAUUAAGCCCAUCAUUCAUGUGAUGGGCUUAACGUUUCUUUCAAAAAUAGCCAUGGGACGGGGUGAUCUUGAUAAGGACUGUGGCAAGGGGGCUUUGCCACCACCAUCAUCCCAAGCUGGAACCCAUGGUGACAAAGUGGUCCCAUGGCUACUAUCUUUUUUCCUUAGUCAACAAAAGCCAUCUAGAUUGAGAUGUGAUGGGGGCAAAGAGUUAGGCCCCCUGUGGUCAGUUAUUGAAAUCACCCCCCAUGGCUUCUGUUUUUAAAAGGAAUGUUAAACCCAUCAGCACUAAUUAUGGGCUUAAUGUAACCAGUAAUUUGGCCCUAAGAUGAGAACAGAACUCAUAGACUAUCAGAACCAGCCCACAGUCCAGGUCAGUAGAUGCCUUUACAAUGUCCAUAUAGAAGAUGCAGAAAUAAUCAAUUGAUAUUUCAUUUAUUUAUUUAUUUUGCACAUUGCCAUCUGUAAUUUUUGGCAGGUUAUUGCACAAACUCCUGUGGUGCAAAUAACUUGACCAAGUUGAAUGUUUAAUUACCCUUAGCUAAAGGAGACUGGGUGAAGUUUCACAUGCUUACAAACUCUCAGAACACUGUCUGACAUCCUGACUAACAAUGCAUGUGACUUUGAGGGCCUGCAGGGGUGCAACAGGAGCCUUCACACAAUUGCCCUCCCCCCACCACCCCCCACAUGCACACUGUUGCAUGAGAGCCCUUAGAUUCUCCCAUUGCCCUGGCUAAAACUGAAUGGAUUUUUAGCCUUGAAGAAACAGUUUAUUGGUCAAGCAAGGGAGCGGGGGUUUAUAGAAGUAAGGCAAUGUCUUGGUGGGGUGUAAGUGAUGUAACUGAAUCGGGGGGCUGGGAUAAAAGUUUGGGUAUAAUCAGGGACAAGUACGGAGCAAACAAAAAUAGGACAAGGCUAAAUUCAGUGCAGAUCCAGGCUUGGGAAGGGGCAGAUGGAUUGUUUUAGGCAAAUAGUAGGAGAUAUAAAGAAGCAAACCCAAGUGGUUUCAGGGACAGAGGGAUAGAAUGAGGCACACCCAAAGAGCUCCAUGAAAUGCUGAUGGAACUUGCCAGGGCGUUUUUCACACAGCAGGCUUUACCACGCAUUUACUGCGAGUUCGAAGUUGACCCAAAAAAACUGACGCAAAAAGAGGAUUCCUUUACCCUAGAUGUAAAUCGGGCUACACACAAUGAAAAACCCAACUCGUAUGUGAAGUGUGCCCCGAUAGCUCGUAGGCACUUUGGGGUAAAUCUGGCUGAUAUGUGGACACAUAUCCUCCAUUCCGGAGGAGAUGGGAGCUAAAAGCCCUGUGUGAAAAACGCCCUCGGCUUCUUCCUCCUUCCUUUUAUUAGGGCUGCUGAAAGAAGAUGAUACCAGAGCAGACCAAAUUGGUGAAGUUAGCCAAAAGCAAGAAGCAGGACAGAACCUAGGAACGAUUCCUGCCAGGCAGCUUCUGAAGUGAAAACUUCAGGGGGAAAUAACCUAGUGCGUGUGAAGCUUGUCAUCAACCAUUUUAAAGUGAGUUCUGAAAUGCAUUAGGUUGGUCAAGUCAAGAGCAGCUGGAUGGGGCAUCAGUAGAGCAAUGCUAUCCUGAGUAUUCACAGGGCAGAGAAGUUGGUGGGCUUUAAACUGCACUGUGCCAAAUAAGCUGCGGAAGGAAGCUUGAAUGAGUGCAUUGUGUGAACAAGCCCUGAUUGUACAUUUCUCCUGAUAAAGCAAAUUCACUUUGAUGGCUUAAGUUGAUUUAGCUUGGAUUAGCAAUGCUCAUUCUGUGAUACUUUGACUGCUUAAGUAGCGGGCUUUCCCCCUCCCAGAAUCAGUGACACUAAGUAGCAGGCUAUUCAAGCUAGGACUUUGCAUUUUAUUGACAAAGUGUUUUUCCUUGUCAAUAAAAUGACAGUAAGCCACCCGCAGCUUGUGCAUAAAUAUUAUAUACACUCUUUAACAUACUGGCAUCAAAAUGAAGAUGCCAAACUGAAUAAAAAAUGAAUUAUGGUAUUCUCUGGAGGUUGACACAUUAUUCAUUAAUCACCUGAAGUUUUCCCUUAUCCAUGCAAUUUAUUAGCAUGGAUUUUUCCAUAAAUAGGACUCUUUGGGCAUCAUGCUCAACUGAUAUAUGAAGGCCUUUAUAUUUCCCCCCACAUCGUAACAUAAAGAGCAACUGAAAGCAAAAUUCUACAAGCAGACCUUCUAUUGGAGAGUCAUGGUAGACUAAAAAGGGAGAACUGCAACAGCACUUUGCUCAGUGGAGUAGGAGAAGGAAGUGCAAAUGGAUAAAUUUGAUGUUAAACUGAAAUGGUGUUAAAAGAUUGAGGAUGUUUUCACACUUUCAGUAACAGCUCAGAGUGAGGAAACAUGAGUUGCAGUCAUAAGCAAUCCGCACCUGCAGCACUUCAGCCUGUUCCUUUUAAUGGCUGUGGCUGAUCCUUGCCUGGCUGACUCAGAUGGAUGGGGUCAAUUUAUUCAGCUCUUGGGAUGAGUCAACCCAAGCCCCAUUGUCUUAAGUGAUGGACAAUUUGGAGUGUGAUCCUUACCCAUUCUUAGAUUCCAUAAAAAUAAAUGGAGCUCACAUCUAAAUGCAUGGUGUUUAAGGCCAGGGUGCUUGUGUUCUUUUUUGAGAAUAGAGAAGUCCUCUUGGUUAUAUAUACAAAUGUUCAUAGAAUUAAAAUGGGAAAGGGCAUAGAAAUGCCAUAUGUUCCUUCAUUUAAAAGGAUGUUCCUCCUUUAUUGUGAGGAAUUGUCUGUCAUUCCAGCACAUCACAGUCCCAUAUAGCAUUCAGGAACAUGACUACACUCUAGGAGAUAGAAGCUGGACUACUCAGCCCUGGAGAGUCCUUCAUUUUGAAAUGUCUAAUGUGAUUACUUGUCACUUGCUAAAUGACAAGCUAGCUUCUUAUGUUCUGAGAGAAAACAUGUGUUGAUUAAAUAUAGCCACAAAUAAUAAGCAAUAUGGAAAUAACCAAAUAGGUAUUUGUGUACAAAUUAACAAACAAAAAAAUGACUGAGUCCAUACUUGACGUCUAUAGAAGCUUAGAGGCUUUCUGAACAGAGAGAGAUAUAGUAGCUAGCAUAAUUAUUACAAGAGAAUGAAGUGAGUUGUUAUUUUUAUAUUAUUGGCUUCUUACAGUCCCUAUUAACUGUCUAAUUUAGCUACCCUGCUGAGACAAUCUUAAACUCACCAACACGUUGUAAUACUGAAGGUCUCAUCCAAUCUUUGUUGAGCAUCUUAAAGCAAAAGAAUGAAAGUCAGAGACAAGACAUUUGGUUAUCUGCAAGUAUUUAACACAUACUCUUGGGGUGCGGGUGGGAUAUGAAGAUAGAAACUUAUGGGGAAGGUAAUAUGAAAUUAACUGUAAUUAUAAUUGUAAUCAUAGACUAGGCAGAACAGUGGCAAGUAGGGUUGCCAUCUUUUUUGCUGAUGCCUGCUCCUGUGUCUUUAAUAACAGCUUCAGCUUGAAUAAUAUCUUCAAUUAACCAGUGGUGAUAUUUAGCUCCAUACCGUGCAGAGUUGCUGUUAAAGACAUAGGAGCAGGAGAUUGGGUUGGUGCUUUUUUCUUUCCCCCCAUUCAGCUGGUAAUAACUCUACCUUACGAUUGGCAAACAAAGCUGAAGUGCCAUUGAGUAUAUAUGAACAUUUACAUUUUGUGUAUUUAAAAGAAGUUGCAAAGUUACAUUGACAAGGGAGGCAAAGAAGGCCCAGCAUAUAUCGUGAGAACCCUAUCGCCUCCAUGGGCACUUGGCCUUUCCUACAAGACUGCACUAUUGAUGUAAAUACAUCCAGACACACUUUCUAUAAGCUUUUAGUUUUCUAAGAUCUAUUAGUUUAGUGUUUAUUAAACAUGUAUAGAACUAUUAGGCAUUCAGGUAAAGACACUAAAAGAAGAAAACCCAGAGCAAACAUGAAGCUAUUUUGAUUCUGACAAAAUUAAAAGGACAUUCUUCAAAAGCACUGUACUAUUAUAUUCUGUGAUUUUCAUUACUCUGGAAGUUAACAUUCUUUUUGUUUUCAUAGCCUUAUAAUAAAUGCUAUGUGCAUCUUAACUACAUACUAUGGGGGUUAAAUCAAUUUGGCAAAUGCCUAUUGUGAUUUGCGAUUUUAGAACCCUUUAAAAUAAAUGCCUUUUUUGUAUCGAUUUCUUUUAAUUAAAUGAAUACGCCUGAACAUAAAUUAAGUGGAUGCUGCCAUCUGGCAAGAUUGAAUAGCUGUUCCUUCUGGGUAGCUGUUUGCAGUCACAUUUCUUUCCUUUUUCCAGAGAGGAGAAAAAUAGAAGAUAGAAUAUUAGCACAGAGAGACAUAUGCUUUUAGGGUACCUGUACCCUAGUCAGGGUGAGGCUCUGCUGCCUACAGGAUUUCCAUGGUGUGGAAUAGCUCCAGUGGAAUAGCUCCAGUGAGGCUUAAUUUGUGCCAGGGCUAAUCUGUUUUCGAUGCCAAGACUCAACCCUGGGACACAUAGAGUCAGAGUAAAUGAAAGUGUCCCUGAGCAUAUAGAGUAUGCAUUUCCUGCCACCAUGACUGAGUAUCAACGAAUCUCUGCACAUCAAGAAUUAGAGAGACAGGCUUUUAGAUCUGAGAGUGAUGUUCGUAGACAAACGUGAGCCUCAGCACUCUUUUAUUAAAAAGACAGCUGUGAAUGAGAGGGUGCUCUGCUUCUCCUCACUCUACACAUCCAUCUCUACAACUAUCAUCUUGCAACCAACCACUUGGCUGCUAAGAUCCAUCCACCAUCCUUUUGUAGAUGCAAUGCAUAGAUACUACAGCGAGAAGUGGAAAAUGGCAGUGCAUGGCUAUGGUUCUGCCACCCACCAAAAGUUGGAUGGUUAUCAAGGCUCUUCCCAAAGCUGGAAUUGUGAAUAAUAUUUUUUGUUGUUCCUUACGAAGAACAGUCAUCUUGCCAACAGGACCUUCUCCAUGGUCUAGAUAGCAAGAUUAGUACUGCAAUCCUAUGCACACUUACCUGUGAGUAAGCCCCAUUAAACAAACUGGGAUUUACUUCUGAGUAACCAUGUACAGGAUUGCAUAUGCUGCAACUAUCUCCCUAUUUCACUACGGCUGAGAUAUUUCUCUGUCAUGACUCAGUUCCUCUCCCUAGAUUCAGAUGCGCUCUCAAACCUACUUUCCUAUUAUAUUUCUUGUUCAGUGUAAUGUUUUCCCCACCCUUUCAUUUGUUUGAAAUGUUCAGAUUUAAUGAGCAAACAAUUUGAGCAGUAAUUUCUCACAUAUACACACACAAAAAGUGGAUUUACCUUUUUUGAAAAUCAAUUUUUGUAACAAGUUAUUUAUAUGAUACUACAAAAUAAACUGUUUUUUCUAA